AUGGUGCACAUGGCUAUUCCUGAAUUGGUUUUUGUUUUUAGCGGCAAGCGAAAAUCAGGAAAAGAUUUUGUUGCCAGUCUGCUUCAGCAAAAUUUCACCCAGUCCAGAUGUGGGAUAAUGCGACUGUCAGAACCACUAAAAAAACAAUAUGCAUUGGAAAAUAAACUUGCUUAUGAGCAACUUCUGGAUUCUUCUUCUUACAAAGAAAAAUUUCGAGCUGACAUGAUCAAAUGGGGUGAGGAAAAACGUGACAAAGAACCAGAUUAUUUUUGCCGUCUUGCUACUUCCUUCAGGUUGACAAGUGAGGCUAACAAGCCCAUUUGGAUUAUCAGUGAUGCCAGAAGACCCACAGACAUUGAAUACUUCCAUAGAAAUUAUCCAAACCAAGUGCGGACAGUGCGAAUUAUCGCUGAUGAGAGUGUCCGACAACAGCGAGGCUUCCAUUUUGUGGCAGGUGUUGAUGAUGCUGUAUCAGAAUGUGGUUUGGAUAGUUUCCAACAUUGGGACUUCAUCAUCACUAAUAAUGGAGAUGCUAAUCAACUGAAUUCACAAAUUAAGGCAAUGAUCCAAUCCAUUCCAUUGACUGCUAAACUUUGA